GGCCCGCGGGCCCCUUCCCACCACAGACCCCGCCCCGCGCCCUACCCAUCACGAGUCCCCGGUCCAGCUCCGGCGCCCACCCACCCCCGGCAGGCCCCGCCCCCGUGCGGUCUCUCCCGGAAGCGCCGGCGGAGCGUCCUCGCAUGGAGCGCGAGCCCAGCGCCUCGGAGGCCGCCCCCGCGGCGGCCGCGCUCUUCGCCUGGGGUGCAAAUAGCUAUGGGCAACUUGGCCUCGGCCAUAAGGAAGAUGUGCUGUUGCCCCAGCAACUGAAUGACUUCUGUAAACCCAGGAGUGUCAGGAGGAUCACAGGAGGAGGGGGCCACUCUGCAGUUGUCACAGAUGGAGGAGACCUCUUUGUUUGUGGCCUGAACAAAGAUGGGCAACUGGGGCUUGGUCACACAGAGGAUAUCCCAUAUUUUACCCCCUGCAAAUCCCUCUUUGGCUGUCCCAUCCAACAGGUGGCCUGUGGCUGGGAUUUUACGAUUAUGCUCACAGAAAAUGGUCAAGUUCUAUCAUGUGGAUCCAACUCCUUUGGCCAGUUAGGAGUUCCUCAUGGACCUCGAAGAUGUGUGGUUCCCCAGGCCAUUGAGCUCCAUAAAGAGAAGGUUGUUUGUAUUGCUGCUGGACUGAGGCAUGCAGUAGCUGCUACAGCGAGUGGCAUCGUGUUCCAGUGGGGGACUGGUUUGGCAUCAUGUGGACGACGGUUGUGCCCUGGGCAGACUCUUCCAUUGUUUUUCACAGCAAAGGAACCAAGCAGAGUGACAGGUCUAGAGAAUUCUAAAGCAAUGUGUGUUCUUGCUGGCUCAGACCACUCAGCUUCAUUAACAGAUGCAGGAGAGGUGUAUGUUUGGGGAAGCAACAAGCAUGGGCAACUGGCUAAUGAGGCUGCUUUCCUUCCUGUGCCCCAGAAAAUAGAAGCACAUUGUUUCCAGAAUGAAAAGGUCACUGCCAUCUGGAGUGGGUGGACACACCUGGUUGCUCAGACAGAAACUGGCAAGAUGUUUACCUGGGGCCGAGCAGACUAUGGUCAGCUAGGGAGGAAGUUGGAGACUUAUGAAGGCUGGAAACUAGAAAAGCAAGAUUCAUUUCUCCCCUGUUCAAGACCACCGAACAGCAUGCCUUCAUCUCUGCAUUGCAUAACUGGAGCAACUGAGGUCUCUUGUGGCUCAGAGCAUAAUUUGGCAAUAAUUGUAUCUCUGCAAGGUAAGAAUUAUUAUCCCAGUUUUGCUGAUGUGGAAAUGGAGUUGCAGAGAAAUUAAGAGAUAUACCCAAGAUCACACUGUUCAUGUGUCAUGGAGCCAUAUUUUGAAUCCUGUGAGAGACUUCAGUGCUGAUGAUCGGAUGACCAGACUAUCAAACCAUGCUGGAGGUGAUUUUUUUAAUUACCAUUCUGCCUCUGCCCCGUUUUGUUCAAUACUUCAGAGAAAAAAAAAAAUACAAAGAUGGCGUUCUCCAUCUGAACUUAUCUGAAUCAGGACAGGAAAGACCCAGGACACAGACCCUUUCCCCAGAGAGGAGAGAAUACAUCUCUACGUACUGCUGCUCAAUCAUCAAGCCCAGUAGUUGCCAAAAACAAACCAACCACCUGAUUUCCCUGGGCCUGGAGUGUUUCAGAAUCCUCUGCCCCACUUGUUCUGCCGUGUAUUAACUGCAGAGCUGUGGCAAAUUGCAAGGCACUCAUUGGCGAUACACAGGUGGACGUGAGCUUGUUAACAGAAUGCAGUAAUUGACAUAUCGUGAUUCAUUAUGUACAGCACGAAGGACUCUAGUAGAAGUCCACUUUGUGGCCAAGCGCUGCUGGCACCACCAACCUUGAGAAUUUGUUCCUGGCUCUGUUCUGGCUCCCCAGCUGGAGAGCACCAUCCCUUUAGGGGCCAGAAGCAGUCUGUGGCUUCAGUCUUAUCUGCCCCUACCUCCAGGCAAAGAGUAAGGAUACUUCCCUGGUCCCAGGCUGCAUGAUGUUGGAAGGAGAUUAUUUGUUCAUUCAUUCAUUCAACAAGCAUUUUAAAAAAUCUGACCAGUAAUGCAGUGGAGAACAAGACAGAUAGUUCCUGCCCUUCCAGAACUUAAUCACCUGGUGACUAUCAGAACUGCAAAUUUCUAAGCACCCAAUUCCCAGUUCUAUAGACCUGGAAGUGGGCCCUCUCUGGACCUUAGUUUCUUUAUCAUCAAAUGAGUAAAAAAGAGAGAAUUGCAUUGGUCAAUCUCUUUUAGCUCUAAGAUUUCAGACUCUGUGGUUAUGGAUUAUAAACAUGAGUCACAGGAUCAAUCUUAGUCAUUUGUAUCCAGUGCCAAAGGAAAAAAAAUGAAAAUCUCAAAUUUCAGAAUCUGGAUGGGAAACAUGGACACAAGCUAAUUCAAUUUCUUCACUUACAAAUGGGAAAAAUGAGGCUAAAAGAAGGGUGUGUCUUGCCUAGUAUAUCAGUGAACAGAGCCAGGAUGGAGAGGCCAGUCAGCUGAGCCCAAGUCUUGAGACACCCCAUUCCUACUGAGGCUGCCUCUUCACCAAGCACUGCUGCUGUGCCCCUGUUUGGAACCCUUUCUGCACUUGGCUUUUCUAACAGUGAGCUCUACUGAGUCUUCUACUUACGCCUCUAACCACUGCUUCUGUGUUUCCUUAUCAGCCCCAGGGCCGAUGGCCUGAGAGUAGAAGAAGGAGUAGGCUUUGAUAGCUGAGCCCCCAAAG